CGCUGCUGCGGAAUUGUACUAAACGUGUUGCGACAGCUAACGACGUGAUGACGUAGAGAUCUAAACAGGAAGUUUAAACAGAAGCACGCUUUAUUUUCCAGCAUAUGAGCGCGAGAGGUGCUGUCGUCAGCUGAUGCCGGAGGAGCACCGAGCCGCCACGAUGGCAGCAGGCCGGCUGAGCUUCAGUAACAUCACCGCCCUGGCCCCCAUGGUCCGGGUGGGGACUCUGCCCAUGAGGCUACUGGCGCUGGACUACGGAGCUGACGUGGUUUACUGCGAGGAGCUGAUCGACAUCAAAAUGGCCCAGUGUCAGAGGGUGGUCAACGAGGUGCUGGAGACGGUGGAUUUCGUCGCUCCGGACGACCGGGUGAUGUUCAGGACCUGCGAGAGGGAGAAGGACCGAGUCGUCUUCCAGAUGGGAACCGCUGACCCGGACAGGGCGUUGGCAGUGGCCCGACUCGUGGAGAGCGAUGUGGCUGCUGUCGAUGUGAACAUGGGCUGUCCGAAGGAAUAUUCCACUAAGGGCGGGAUGGGAGCGGCUCUCCUGUCGGAUCCUGAGAAGAUCGAAGCCAUCCUGAAGAAGCUCGUGACGGGGGUUUCCAUCCCGGUGACGUGUAAAAUCCGAAUCCUGCCUUCACUGGAGGAAACGGUCAAUCUGGUCCGCAGGAUCGAGAAGACCGGUGUUGCUGCCGUCGCCGUUCACGGCAGGUUUAAGGAGGAGCGUCCCAGACAUCCCGUCCACUGCGAUUACAUUCAGGCCGUCGCUCAGGCCGUCUCCAUCCCCGUCAUCGCAAAUGGCGGUUCUCUGGAUCACGUGAAGACCAGCGCCGACAUAGAGGUGUUCAGAAAGGCGACGGGCGCCUCGUCGGUCAUGCUGGCCCGCGCCGCCAUGUGGAACGCAUCGGUGUUCCGCAGCCAGGGAGCACUUCCUUUGGAGAAGGUCAUGGAGGAAUACCUCAGAUAUGCGAUCCGGUACGACAACAACGCCUUCAACACAAAGUACUGUCUGUGUCAGAUGCUCAGAGACAAGGUGGAGUCUCCCCUGGGGAAGCAGGUGCAGGCGGCUCAGACCAACGCCGAGUUGAGCGAGGCGUACGGGCAGCAGGGGUUUUACCAGCAGACUCAGGAACAGCUGCGGGCCAGGAGGGACGCCCUGCAGAGCAGCAGCCAGCCGGAGCGACCCGUCACCGAUGGUGAUGUCACCACCAUGGCUGUCAAGUUCGAACGGAGGGAGUAUCCCCCUCACAUCACUCCGAAAAUGUUCCUGCUGGAGUGGAGCCGCAAGGAGAAACUGGAGCAGCCGCUGUACGAGACGGUGCAGCGCUCUCAGGACCGAGCCUUUCAGUCCACGGUGACCGUAGCACAGAAGAAGUACAGAUCUUCACUGUGGGAGAAGUCAAAGAAGUUCGCAGAGCAAGCUGCCGCCAUCGUCUGCCUGCGAGUCCUGGGAAUACCGGAGGGUCGCAUCGGUGAGGAAGACUCCGGCCUGGUCUGCAAGAGGAAGAGGGAGGGGAAGGCGAACGGCACCGCAGAGGAAGAGAGGAGCAGGAAACGGCACGUAGGCGACGUCCUGCAGGAAACCUCAGUGGUUGCUGUGGUGACGAACGGCGGCUCCGCCUCCGAGUGAGCGGGAGAGUCUCCAAUGACGACGUCGGUGCUUCCUUUGUGAGUCUGCUGGGACUGCCCUGCACGCUUCAUCCAAAAUGACCUCAGGAGCAGGAGCUGCCUUUAUGUUUCACUUUGUUUUGCUCUGAUUCAAAGUAUAUUUUUGAAACCUGGUAACACGGCACACGUUUCAACCUCACGGCUCCAAAAGCACCCAUCCUUUAGUCCCAUUAAGUGUGCCAUUAAGCCAUGAAGCCCUAAUGAUAAUAGCACUCUGAUCCUCCUGUGGAGGCUGCCUCAAGGUGGCCGCCAUCCAGCUCAGAGGAGCCACGCCUCCUAAUGCACACAGGUCUGUGGAGACAGAGCACCCCCUUCCCCCCCGGGGGACACUCUUCUCUGCUGCUUUUGUCUGCGAUCUCAUUCUUUCCGUCAUUACUCAGAGCUCUGGGCCACAGGUGAGGGUGGGGCUGUAAAUCAACAUUUUCACACAGGAAAUGAGUUACAGCAGCUCAUCUCCUGCCCGCCCUAACCCUGACCCUUAGGGUUACACCUAAGCAGGGCACAAUGAACAAAACAACUGUUAGAGUACGAAAGUGAAGAGAUAAAACAGAGCUGGCACAAACGGCCACUUCCUGAGUGCAGCACGAGCGUUUCACACCUGUAAAGAUCACCCAGCCUGCGUCCUGUGGCAGGUGAACGAUGCUUUAAGAGCUCGGAUCUGUAGGAAAGGCCGAGGAUGUGAGCUGGAUCCUGGAAUAAAGAUAAUUCUGCAGCUGCUUUUAGUGAUGUACAAAAAUCAGGUGAUUAAACCAGUUUAGUUUUCAGAGUCUGACAGGAAGUGAGAGCGGCAGACGAGUCCGUCAGGCCCGGUGCUGCAUCUACGUGUCGGUUUCUCAGUGCUGUGAUGAAUAAAAGUGAAAGCUGUGAAAAAGGUUCAGAUGUGGAUUCGCAGUCACAAGAGGGCAGCACUCAACUUUUUCCAUUAAAGGUGACUCAUUUCAGGUGUUUCAGUAAGCAGUUUUUAUGGCGGUGCCUUAAGAGCAGCUUCUUUCUUUUAUUCCUGAUUUCUGGAAGAGCCUUAAAAGUUUAAAGCUCGCCUCAGUCUGAUUAAGAAGAGCGAGCUGAUGUCUUUGGCUUCACAGUCACUGUAAACUCUGACUGGUAAACUUGUAUCGACCUCUCGUUCUUUUUUGUAAAUGUUUUCAGGUUUAAAAUCCACUCUGUUUGAUUUUCGUGCCCAAAGGAACGACCUGUGCUUUUCUUCUUCUGCAGGUUUAAUUGAAAGCAUCCUGGAGGAUGCUGGUGGGUCUGUACUCAAAGAGCUGAGCUGUUCAUAAUGACGCCCAAACAGGCUUAAAGACACCAAAACUAACAGAAAUAAUCCAGACGUUUCCUUUCAUUCAUGUAUGCUCACCGAUAUUAAAGAGCUUUCCUCCUGAA